AUGGCUUUGCUAAGCAACUCAGUUUGCCGCCUACUUAUCGCCGCCGCUUGGACCUUGGCAUUGGCUGGGAGCGUGGUCACUGCCAGGCCCCCCACCUCACAUGAUCAUUCAGGCUGGGACUAUGUGAAUAAAAGCUGCCUGUCACGUGAAUGCGAUGAGCAUGUGAAUAUCAAACAUCUACAACAUCUGGCCACACAUAUAAACCGCGCUGCCCAUCCCUGUGAGAAUUUUCAUGAGUAUGCCUGUGGCCAUUGGAAGCAACAGCACAGCGAACCCACCAUGAUGGCGGUGGGAGAGAAAUUAUUGAUAGAAAAAUAUCAGAAAAUCUUUGCGGCCCAUAAGAAUCCAGAGGAGCUGCGCAGCGAUGGUGUCUAUCAGAAAUUACAACAAUACUAUGAGGUGUGUGUACAAAGUGAGCGCAAAGAGAAGGCCAGGUGGCAAGACUACAUACAGGCCUUGAGGGAUAUGCAGCUGCUGCAGUUCAAUAACGAAACCCAUUGGCUUACCACUCUGAGGGAUUUGAGCGAAUUUUCGAAUUUGAGAUUCUUUAUCUAUGGUGAUGUGGAACGUUUUAAUGCCUCGCUGUAUAUGCUGAACCUGUAUCCCCAUGACUCCGAGCUGGUGGCUAAUUUAUCUGAGGAUAUCUACCAGAUACUCAGGCACUACAAUUACACCCAAGAUUCGAGAGAGGUUUUGAAGCAACGUUUUGCCAAUCUUGAGUCGGAGUUGGCAGACAUUUUAAACUCCAGCUGCUCGAAUAUGACGCCGGAGGCUUACGAGGCUUUGUGUGAUUCCAGUGAAUGGAUGAGCUGGCAGGCUCUAGGGCAGCGAAACUCCUCCAUCAACUGGCAGUGGCUGUUCGCCUCGUAUCCCUUGGAGCCGCAAGAUUUGAUAGCGGUCAACAAUUUCACUGCCAUGAAUAGCAUCAAGCAAUAUUUGGAUUCCUGUUCUCAGCAAACCUUGUUUUUGUAUUCCCUGACACGUUUCAUCAAUCACCUGCAGGCCUGCAAACACAAUACGGUGACCGAAGGUUCCUCACCCCCCACCUGCCUGCGUCACAUGCGUAAACUUUUCCCUUUGGGCAUGAAUUACCUCUAUGACAAGCGUUUCUACAAUCACCAGGAGAGAUCUUUGUCUGAUCCGGUAAUAAAAUCGGUUUUCGAACAACUCAAACAUCAUUUCAACCUUAGGCUAGACAACAACCCCAUGCAUUUAACGCCACAAAGCAUACAGUAUUUGAAAAUGAAAUUGCAAGGCCUGCAAUUGAAUAUUGGCAAUAUGCCCCUCAACAGGAGCCAGGAAUUCUAUGAGGCAUUAAUAGCCGAUUUGAAUCUAAGCAGCCAUCAUGACUUCUACCAAAAUCACCUGCAAGCCUUAAGACAUUUCCACAGUCAUCUAAGAGUUUUAGUCUCACCUACGAAAUUCCCCUCCGUAUGGCAUGGCUUCAAUUUGCAUAUGCCUGAUAUGCCGGAUAAUUUUGAUACCACUGCCUAUUAUCUGGCCAGUGCCAAUUUGAUAGUAUUACCCUUUGCCUAUCUGCAACAGCCCUUCUAUGAUCAUCGCUUUUGGCCUUCUCUGCUGUAUGGUGAUUUGGCCACUACCCUGGGUCAUGAGCUCAUGCAUGCCUUUGAUACUUAUUUUCUGCGAAAUGAUUAUGGUGGCAACUACAAUGAAAAGGAGUCUCUGGAAAUUCUAAGCAAUUCUCAGUUUCAAAAGAACCUGCGGUGUCUGCAGCAGACCCCCACCAAGUUUAUAACCGAACGCAUAGCUGAUAUCUCAGGCACCCGCUUGGCCUUGAACGCCUUUGCCCAGGACCCCUUGUUCAUGAAGCACAAUGGCAAGCUGUUCUUUUUGCAAUUUGCCCAAUUCUUUUGUGGUUCUGCCGAUGAGCAGACCUUUGCCUCCCAGGAUCCCUUGCAUGAUAUGGACAGCAUGCGUUUGAAUUAUGCCUUGGCGCAUACAAGCGAAUUUGGGGAGUCAUUUAAAUGUCCUCUCGGCAGUCCCAUGAAUCCCUUGGAAAAAUGUGAAUUGUGGUAG